AUGGCCCCUGCAGCUGCGACCACAACACAACCCAUAAACGUCAAGCUUCUGCUCAUCGGAAACUCCUCCGUUGGAAAGUCAAGCCUGCUGCUACGGUUUUCCGACGAACAGUGGCUGCCGGAGGAUGAAAGUAGUGCGACCAUCGGGGUUGAUUUUCGAGUGCACAAGAUGGAUGUCAAGGGCAAAAAAGUCAAACUAAGCAUAUGGGACACAGCGGGUCAGGAACGGUUUAGGACUAUUACAUCUUCAUAUUAUCGAGGUGCUCAGGGUAUCAUUCUUGUUUAUGACGUUUCCAAUCGGGAAUCGUUCGAGGCCCUGCCACGGUGGUACAGCGAAUUGGAAACUUACGUCUCGAGCUCCGUGGUGAAGAUUCUUGUAGGCAACAAAGUGGAUAAAGAGUUCUCAAGACAAGUUCCAACCGCUGAAGCAGAGAAGUUUGCUGCCCGUAUGUCGUCUCUGUUUAUAGAGACCUCUGCGAAGACCUCUGUCGGGGUGAAAGAGGCAUUCCAGGAGGUUGUAGAGAGCAUUCUCGACACCCCGGAACUUUGGGAUAACUCUGCCAACAAGACACAAAGUACAAGUGGAGGGAAUGGUGGUGUUCCAGGGGGCGUUCAGGUUGUUGGGUUGUCGGAUGCAGCCAGGCAGGAAAGUGGAUCAUUCAUGGCGGCCGCCAAAUCUGAUAGUGCUAUGCAGUAG